CACACACUUUAUGUCUUUAUCUCCUUACUCCCAUGGUAUGCUUGAUUCUUCUCCUUCUCAUCUCUCUUCCUAUAUCCUCUUUUCCUCUCUGUGAACACAAAAACACUCUGUUUUUCUCACUUUCCUUUUCUCUUCCCAAAUCCAUGUCCUCUCUAUAAUCCUUUUCUUCUUCUUCUUCUUCUUCUUCUUCUUCUUCUUUCUUCUUCCUCUUCUCCCUACACACUUACAAAAGAAUCUUUUAGCUAAUCAGAAAACUCUAGAAAUAUGGGUUCAUCCAAGUCAGAUCUGAGGUCAACGAUCUAUCCUGAACCCGUUGACCACUUCGACCGACUACCCGAUUCCAUUCUUCUCUUAGUCUUCAACAAGAUCGGCGAUGUUAAAGCUCUAGGAAGAUGCUGUGUAGUUUCCAGAAGGUUCCAUUCACUUGUUCCUCAAGUCGACAACGUCAUUGUUCGUGUUGAUUGCGUCAUCUCUGACGAAGAUGGUGGUUCAUCUUCAUCUGGCGCUACCUCUGCUGCUGGUGCGGGGUCCACUAGUAAGUCGCGCCAUCCAAUUUCGUCCCUCCUUAGGUUUCUGUUUCUGGGUCUGGUUAAACCCAUUCAGUCGCUUACUCAGCUGAUCUCGAUUUCUUCGAGACGAUCCGCUGGUUCUACAUUGGACGAUGGUUACGAGCAAAAUGACGUCACCCAUCAUUCCCCUACACAGGUUUUGAAGAAUUUCGAUGAAAUUAAGGUUCUUAGGAUCGAGUUGCCUAGUGGCGAAUUGGGUAUUGACGAGGGCGCUUUGCUAAGGUGGCGUGCUGAUUUCGGUUCCACUCUUGAUAAUUGUGUUAUUCUUGGUGCCUCCUCAGUGAUUCACCCGGUUAGUAAUACUAGCAUUAAUAGUAAUAUUACUAACAGUAGUAGUAAUGUUGUGGGUGAUAGUAAUGGGGAACUGGAUAAUGGGAGCAUACCCGAGUCGUUUUACACGAACGGGGGAUUGAAACUACGGGUUGUGUGGACAAUUAGUUCGCUAAUUGCAGCGUCGGCUAGGCAUUAUUUGUUGCAGCCGAUUAUAGCUGAGCAUAAGAAGCUUGAGAGUUUGGUUUUAACGGAUGUGGAUGGACAGGGAGUGUUGUGUAUGAAUAAGGAGCAGUUAGAGGAGUUGAGAGUGAAGCCUCUUUCGGCUUCCUCUGCCUCGAAAAGGACUAUGGUGCCAGCACUGAACAUGAGGUUAUGGUACGCCCCGCAUUUGGAGUUGCCUGAUGGGACAGUAUUGAAAGGGGCGACAUUGGUGGCGAUUAGGCCAAGUGAGCAGCCUAAGAAGGAGGUGGUUGGGCCAGAUGGGAACUGGGUUGGAUCGGCGUUUGAGGAGCCUUAUGGGACUGCUGCAAUGAUGUUGGUUAAGCGGAGGACAUACUGUUUGGAGAUGAACUCGUUCUGAACGUAGACUUGAAGUGUUUGAGGAGUUUCUUGGAUUCAUUACUGAGGGAAAACUACGGUUCUAAGAAAGGUGGAUUAACUCAUGCUGGGAAGCACUGGAAAAUAAAAUUUUGUUUUAAGCUAGCUCACUCUGAGUUGUUUAAUCAAGCGAGUCUUUGCUGCUAGAGAUGACAUGCCAGUUGCUCGCCGAACUAUGAGCUUUAAAUCAGCCCGUCUUACGCAUGAUGAUAGGCAUCUGAGUAUGUUUUAGUUUUGGGCAUAUGCUUCUAAGAAUGCCUAAGUGCUUCCGAUUCAUGUUACAGGAGCUAUGUGCCUUUUAACUUUAUAGUCGUAUACAUUUGAUAGUUACCUCUUUCUGUAAAUAUUGUAGGCAUGGAUAUUAUAUGACAUGUUAUGUACCUUUUAACGUUCAUGGAGCAAUGAAAUGUACGUUUUUGCUGCAUU